GUUGUGUUCACCACCGACCACAGCCGCACCACCGCUGUCAACACGACACACUGUCAAAAUGUCCACCGUCAAGAUCGGUGACAGACCGAAGUGGAGGCGGAGGAAGUCCUCCAAGUCACCGACGCAGGACGACAAUGACUGCGCCAGCCUCGCGUGGCUGUUGAACUUUCGUUUGGACCAAAUCGUGAACGUCAAAGUGCCUGAUGAUGGACCGGUUUUCAGAAAGGAGCCGAAGGUCAUGGUGCCUGAUACGCCACCGGCACCUAGGAAGCCUCCUUACACCUACCCGGAGCUUAUUGAAAGAGCGCUGAGGGAAAAAGGCGAGCUGACUGUUUCAGCGAUAUACCAAUGGAUCUCAGACCGUUUCCCCUUCUACAAAGCGAACGAUGAACGCUGGAAGAACUCCGUAAGACACAACUUGUCGAUCAAUCCUCAUUUUCGGAAAGGAGCUCGUGCGCCGCAGGGGGCUGGCCACCUAUGGUCUUUGGCCGCAAACGCUAUCGAUCUACUACCCUUGAGAAACAUUACCUUCGAGGAUGAGGGAAUUGCACUGGAGCCCUUGCAGGAGGCCAGGAUAAUACCGUGUCCUAAGGUGAUAGUACUCGACGAGGCAGCCAUCGCCGCAGCUAGUAUAAUACCAGACCAAGACCUAUUCACAGGUAGUAAAAUGUUCCUCAACCCAGUGUCCGCGGAACAGGUCGUUCGAGAGUGCGGACUAAUUACCACUGACUAGUGCAUUUGUGUCAAUUUAGGAUAAUGAAUAGUCUUAUUUUUAGAUUGGACGAAUAAUACAUAUUGCGCGAAUCCCCAAUUAAACCGGGGAACAGGCCAGGAAUGAUUAGUCUUAGCUAUUAACUAACGAGACAGACUUAUAACUUUUAAGCGGGUUCCUUUAAAUAAUUGUCAUCCUUCUUGUGUUUUUCAUUGGAUUUAGCUACGGAGGGUUUGUUAACGUAUGUAGGUUUUACUUAGGAGUGCCAAAAACCUUUCAUCGAUAUUUUUUAUCGUUCGCAGUCAACAAAUUAGAAAUUUCUUAUCAGUCGACUCAAAUAGUUAUUAAAAAAAGUUCUGUUGUGAUCAUUCUUAUCAAAGUGGAUUCUUCCUUAAUAAAAAUCUAACAGGUGAAUCGGCAAAGGAGAUUGCUCAAAUUGGCCCAAAUAUACAAAAAAUAUUGACAUAUACGGUAAUUCUUGACUUAAUUUAAACUCUAUUUUACAGUCAUUAGAUUUUAACGAACACCUUUAUAUAAUAUAUUCAUUUUAAAAAUUACUUUUUUUAUUACACUGUGGUAUUAAUAUCCACAACUAUAUUAUCAUUUUCACUACAUGCAAAUGUGCUAAAACAAUUAUUAUAGAUGAUAGGCGACAUCAUAAAGUCUAUUGCCAUUCAUUUUCGCCAAACACAUUAUAAGGUGUGAUACACUAAAAAUCUAACAUAUGGUUAUAAUAUAAACAUCACAAAAAUAAUGAAGCUACUGAAGAUAUGGCUGUAUAACGUAAAUCUCUUAGCUUACUUUGGUUAACGAGUGUUUAAAAAUUCUCUAUAAUCUGUGGCCCAUUUACAAUCAUCACACAGUUUCGGUCAUAGAGUGCCUUAUUAUAACCGGAAAUGCAUAGAUGAUAUCUGAUCUUAAAAGUUACUCUUGUGCAUUAACUUUAAAUACAGGCAACUAUUUGUUAAUCUACAUGCUCUAUAUACCUGAAUCUAAUACAUAAUUUCGGUACUUGGCUUGAUUUCCCUAGUUUACUAUAUAACUUAUUUGUCUUUUUAUUAUUUUAAUACCUAUGUACCUAUUCGCAAACAUAAUCUCAAAAUCAUUCAGUGUAUAUGGUUUAUAGAAGUUCUCAGGGGUGUCCGUCAAUAAAAUUCGUUUCUACAGUAAUUUAUAUAUAAUUUCGAAUCUAGGAAACAUUUUUACAUGAUUGUUGGUCUUUAGGCCAAACAUGUAUGGAAGCUGAGCAAUCUCCUUUAAGUUAAAUUACAUUUUAAAUCAGUUCGAUUGAAUUCUUAGCAAAUGCAAAUAAAAUAAUAUAAUAAAUUGAAUUUCUACUUUGAUGCAGUAUUUGAGCUCCCAAACUAUUACAACUUAAGUGCUUAUACAGUAUACCGACUUGACUCAAACAAAAACAUUAUAUAUUUAAGCCAACUUUCUAUUGUCUCCGGAGGUCCAUUACUCCGUAAAACAACAAACAAUAGCCCGAAAUUAGUUUACGUGAAUAGAAAUGCACUCAGCAUUGCGAGAAUGUAUUAAGUGCCGACCAGAAUCGCUUUACAGUGGCUUGGUAAAGCAAAUGUAAAAGCUCCUUUCGGUGAAGCAAUUUAUAUAAUAUGAGUAGGCACCUAUAUUAAAUUAAUAAGAUUGAUUAAGAAUCAACAAUGAAAUACAUUUUUUUCUAUCUAGAAAUAAAUAGACCAAACUUUUGUGUUUAAAAUUACGACAGAUUUCUUUCUCUUUUCAGUCUAUCAAAUUAACGGUGAAAUGAUCCAGAAAGUUAUUUCAUGUAUCGUUCCUAAAAUAUUUACACCUAAUAUAGGUAAUAGGCUAUUUGUUUAUAUGUAUAGUGAUUCCUAUAAAAGUGGGUAUUUAUAAUUCUAAUGCGUAUAUCAAACACAAAUAUAAAAAUUAUGUUAUUAAGUAAGCCGCGAAAAAGUUUCGCUUGCAAAUAUGGCGACUUAAAGGCAGGUAAUAUCACUUCUUACAUACUUUUCAAGUAUUUACACUUAAUAUAAGUAAUAGGCUAUUUAACAAUUUUUUGAAAAAGUUCUGACAUUAUUUAUUAGUGCAUAGUGACUCCUUAAAAAGCGGGCAUUUAUAAUUCUAAAGCUAUACCAGUAAAAAAAAAAUUUUUCAAAUAAUUAAAUUAAUAAGAUUCGUUUAGAAUCAGCGAUGAAAUAUUUUUUUCUAUCUAAAAAUUAAAUAGACCAAAAUUUUGUAUUUCAAAAUUUACGACAGAUUUCUUUCACUUUUCAGUCUAUCAAAUUAACGGUGAAAUGAUCCAGAAAGUUAUUUCAUGUAUCGUUCCUAAAAUAUUUACACCUAAUAUAGGUAAUAGGCUAUUUGUUUAUAUGUAUAGUGAUUAUUUAAAAAGUGGGUAUUUAUAAUUCUAAUGCGUAUAUCAAACACAAAAAUAAAAAUUAUGUUUUUAAGUAAGCCGCGAAAACGUUUCGCUUGCAAAUAUGGCGACUUAAAGGCAGGUAAUAUCACUUCGUCAGCAUGUUUUCACGUGACAAUAGGUCUAAAAAUAAUUUUGUGUUUAAUGAUUUUUAGUAAUUUUAUAAUUUACUUUAAUUGGUAUUUUAUUUCCAUACUUUCAAAUAGCCUAUUAAUAACAAUUUUAUACUUAGCAUGAAACUACUCAAUGAUACUAUAUAUUGAUAAGAUGUGUUCAUUACGAAGCAUUCAUUUUUAUUUUUCUGUAGGUAUUAAGGAAAUAUUAUUUUUAUGUAUUCACAUUUCAGAAUAUUAUUGAACCUAGGCAUGACUUUUCCACAAAAUAAUAAAUCGGAGAAGCAAUAUCAAAGUUUAUUAUAAAAACUAUAAAAAAAUAUAACGACAUCUAAAUAUUUAGAUUAAAAAGUUAUAAGUUUGUCUCAAAAUAUUUUACAUAGAUUAAUUAUACUAAUGGAGUAUUAUUAUAACUUUACUAGAGUACCUAAUUGUAAAACUAGCGAUCUCACUAUGUACUUAGCUAAUAUUAUAUGGAUAAGAAUGGAGCGUUUGUGAUAAUAAAACAAAUGAAAAUUAUGAUACUUUUUUAUUUAAUUUGGGAGGAGCUCGAUGGCGCAAGUGGGUAGUGCGUACGAUUGCGAUUGUUAAAGUUAAGCAACUUUCGCAGUGGUCGGUCAUUGGAGGGGUGACCAAAAAAUUUACUAUCUUGAGCUCCUUCGUGCUUCGGAAGGCACCUUAAGCCGUUGGUUCUGACUGUGUCUGCAGUCAUUAGCACCCGCCAAUCCGCACUUGGCCCGCGUGGUUGG